AUGGAGCUCGAGCUCGAUCGGCGCGUCGGGCGCCUCGUGAGACUCCAUCUGGACGACGGUUCGCGCGUCGACGGCUUGACUUGUGGUCACAGCGAGAUUUUCGACACCACAGACGGCGACUUCGAAUACCACCACCGGAGGAUGCAGAGGAAAUACUACUGCUGCCUCGGCGGCCCGUUCGAGUCCGCUGACGAAGCGAUGCAGACCUUCUGCUACAUGGAAGCCAGAGGCGAGCGCGUCCCUUGCCUGCCGUUCCCCAUCGACCUCGUCGAGCUCGAAAAAACCGGAGCCGUUUUCUACGUCGACGGCGAGGAGCACCCGGAGAUAGUUUCCCCGCGGUGGCGCGAGCAGCACCAUCGGUUCGGAUUCAACACCAUGGGCGCGCGCGCGCGCCGUAAAGAGGACGAUGUCGAAACUCGUCGGCUGCGAGUCGUGGGCGCGGCCGUGAAGACGAUCAGGCGCUCGCCGUUCCACGGCGAGUUGCCGAACGCGCCGUCGCGACGAGCGCUCGACGCCGCGUGCCUCGAAGCGAUGGCGCCGCUCGAUGGGGUGGACGCCACCACUGAAGACGUCGAGCUCACGUCCACGAAAGUCGUAGACAUGCGAGAUAUGGUGUAUUUUAGUCGCGAGUACGAUGCCGACGUGCAGCUGUUCCUCCUCGAGUGCGCGUUCGUCGCGCACUCGGGUAGAAAGUUGAAACAUAAAAAACCGCCGAACGACGGCGAGGGAGAAUCGUGGGUGAAGGAAGCGUUCGCGCUGAGCCGUUUCGAUCGCGGGAUACGGGACGUGCUGAAGGAGUGUUUACUUCGUUGA